AUCACAAAAGGAGAGAGAAAGGUGCAAAAAGGGCAAAAAGGGCAAAAAAGGGCCCAGCGAGGAGUCGAACUCAAGGGGUCGAGGUCCGUCUCAACAGAGACAUGUGGAAAUCCCACGACACCAGCUGAGUGUUCCGCUGGGCCAAGGCGCCCAAGCAGGCGCCUUCUACUUGUGUGA